AUGGGUAGAAGACGUGGUCGUGAUUUUGGCGGUUAUGGAGGACAUAACUACAGAUACUACAGCUGUGGAUAUAAGGGCGAUGGUAGAUGCCGCGAUCGUGGAAAUUCUGUAUGCAAAGUUAUGUGGCGUGCAUCACUACAUCAAGGAAUAAAAGUAACAGGCUAUCAGCACCUCGCAAAACUCGGUAGGACUUUACCUCAUUUUCCUUUUCAGCCCAAAGCGACGGACCUUCCACAGCAAGAAACGGAAAACAAGAAUUUUGUGGAAAAUGAUGCGACUGAACUUGAAAUUGUAUCCGCAGCGAAUAGUCACACUACUACUACAACAACCGAUGAGAUAACCACUGCAAUCACGCAAGACAUUGAAUUAGAUAACGAAGACGAUCUUAAUGACAAUACCAUCUUGAUAUCUACAAAUAAAAGUAACCUUGUCAGAGAAGUAUGUUUUGAUGUCGAUCAGCAAUACUUGUUUCCACAGCGAAGUGGGACAUCAUUAAGUGUUCGCAGUGAGUUGUGCAAUGUGAGCAAAUCGCAUAGCUCGAAAACGAAGGAGACUAAUACUGAUUCAUCAUGGAACUCUUGUUUUGAGCUUCAUCUCGACUUCGACAAAUCUCAAAACCCGCAUACCAGUAAGCUAAAAAGCACCGCAACAUCACUGGAAAUCCUUCACACUGAGGAAAACGUUGACUUAAAUAUUACUCGAACUUUGAGUGUUUCUGGACAAAAACUUGCUUCUGCAUCCAACGAAAAUUUUUUUAUUGAGUUAAAUCACGAUUCAGAUGAAGUUUAUAAUAUGGGCGAUAUGAACAAGUAUAUAGCAACUCCCAAAAAAAACAUAUUCGAUGAUUUUUAUAACGGAACACAUCGAGCCUCAGACGAUUGUCUUGCUGCUAUAUGUGGUGAAGCAUCUUUUAAUUCACGCUUUGCACCAAGAUGGAGAGGCCUUUCUCUUUCUGUGCAAAAUUGCAAUCGUGCUGCGAUCUUCACAACGAGUGGGAAUACAAACACUGCAAUUGAUAUUGGAAAAGUUGCUGCAGUUUCUGAAAACAAUGUGUUAAUAUCGGACAUUGGAUUUUCAUCGAAAUAUAGCCACGACAAUCAGGCUGAAAUAUUACUGACAGCACCAAAAGAUCAAAAAACACUGCUGAAGGAAUUGUGUGAUUGUAUACCGUUAACGGAAUUACCGUCUAAUCUUACACCUUCAUCUGCUCGUAGCACCAAAACUUUUAAUGACUCUGUCUUAUUGGAGACUUUGAAAGACACAUCACUAUCUUGCAUAAUGCUAUCAGACAACGUUCACAAAUCAGAAUGUGAUUUCAACCAAACGCAAAUUAAUCGUGAAGAAUAUGUUAAAAACAAAACAAAUGUUGAACAAAAUACAAAGGUCGAACUAUCCAAAGACGAAUUGAAAAGACAUUGCUUUGUCACGCACAAUACUAUUAUUUAUCCAGUAAGUCACUUGGAAAUGCAGUGUUUUCCGAACAGUACUUAUCAAUUCAAGUACGAAGAGAAAAAUGAGAACAGUGAGGACACGGAGACGGCUGCUUUAUUCAGAGAUAAAUAUUCUCAAACUAAGGAGCCUGUAGUGAAACAGUCAUUAGAGGACACGAAUAGGGCAGUAUCUGUGCUGAACACAAUGUUACAACGACGUUUAAAUAACGCUGGAAGUCAGAAUGGAUCAUUCGGCGAGGAACGAUUGAACAGUUUUUAUUCAACACCACCAGGUGACCCAAAAUCGCCGUCACAAAAGAUUUUGAAUAUUCAAAGCUUCACAAGAACGAACAACGGAUUAAAUGACUUUGUUGACAGGAGCGAUGCUCCAUUACCGCAUGUAAAAAAUUUGUCAGUUAGAUCUGAGGUGGAUGAAAAAGCAGCAAUGGUUGUAAACCAGCAGUAUGAAUGUGUAGCCCAGGAACCGAAGGAAGAUCUGAAGCAAUAUUGCCAUGAAAAUAACUCUGAGAAAACAUCACAAAUAUCAGGCAGCGAUGGUCGCUCAACAAUUCGGUAUGCUUUAGAGUCAGAAACAGAUUAUCUUUCUGACGAGAAAAUAUUGGCAAGUUUUGCUAGUAUAAGACAAACACGUAAAUUGGCAUCAUUGUUUGAAACUAUGAAUGAUGCAGCAAGUCUAGAAAUGUUGCGAGAGAUGGAUCAUUUGAAACGGCGCGGCAAAUCAGUUCCGCCGAACAUUAUCAAUAAAACCCAUUAUCGAGAUCCCGAAAUCAAUAACAGAGAACUUUUUCAAGACGAUUUAUUCUUGCAACGACGGAGAGAUAUGACUACAAGCUUGGAAAGAUAUGGAACUCAUUUAGGUCUCUCAGUUCCAUGCAAAAGAAAUACUUUUAAAGAACAGUUUACAAGAGAAAAGCAGAUUGAUGUACAUAGCGUACGGAGCAUUGUCAAUCGGUUUGAAUCAGUGUCGAACUCAAAUGGAUAUCAGAAUUCACCGAGAGCAAUUCAAACCGAUACAACACCACGAAAACCAAAGAGUCAAAAACGAUACUCCCAGUACCUUACGAGAAUGUUACAACCGGGUGUUACCAAUUAUAAAAAUAUUCAAAAUGUACAGUAUACCGUUGACUCGAAUUACAAUCUUUGUAGCGUUGCAAGAUCACCUUCAUUGCGAUCGGAUGAAUGGAAUGACAGAAGUCCCUCCCAUAAUUUACCAUACGAUAAUACGAGCUGCGCUAACGUUUGGGAUCAGCAGCAAUACGAAUUGGGAUUGCGCAAGGGAAUAACCAGCUUAAAACGUUAUGACAGCAGCUACAGCAGGAUGACGAAUGAGAUUCUCAAUCGGAAAUCAUCUUAUGCUAUGCAAACGCGCAUUCGCCAAAUUAAUUACAAGCCUGAAGUACAACCGAGCUGCCCCGUAACUGCUGCUAUUGACCGUUUGCAAAAACAUACUUGUGAGGAAAAAUUUGAUGGCGAAGUUAUCGAUCAUGUUGCUGAAGUAGAAAAAGCAUUUGAUUUCGUCAACAAGACUGAGUCACUAAUAACUCCUCGCCAACAAUGUUCGCAAGAAUCUUUGGAAAAACCAUCGCCACCUACGAAAGAUAAUUAUUCGAUCUCACUAUACCGUGAUCUGGAAAGAGAGCAUCGUAAAUCACCAAAUGGUGACAUCCCUGUUCAUUUCUCUUCACUCGUUUAUUUGCCACCUCCAUCUGCUGACGAACGAUUGGCAACUCAUGAACACAAAAAUUCGGUUAUAAAAAGUGCAAAAUUACUAAGUCAAAGUUACAUGGUUACAACGGAUCCAAUGGCCACUUCUACUCCUCUUGAUGGUUCGCCAGCAGCUAAUAGUCGCAUGCAUACUCCUGCUAGUUGUGUGCUUAAUCGAAGUGGUAUCUCCUCAAUAACGGCUUCAACAGCACAGGAAAUCGUUCAACUACAACAAUCAGAUAUAGAGAUGCAAAAUGUAAAACAGGAAAUAAUGAUCCAGGAAGGUCAAAUCGCACAAGCAUCAUUAGCAUUAGCUCACUGUAAGAAGAACAGCAGUUUCAAUGGCACUCUUGUUGAACUAAGCGCUCAGCGUGGUUUGUUAUUGGCACGCGAACGACUUCUAGCAUUACAAAAUGAAAUGCAGCGUUUGAAAACACGUCGGUUUGUAAAGGAACCAGUUCCUCCAAUGACGAAACGCAUGCGUGGAGCUAUCGACCUUACAUCAAUUGACGUUUAUCUUAAUCGCAAUUUUUGCAUUCGUAAUAUCGAUGAAAAUGUUUCGUAUGCUUUUGUUAUCCUUCUGAAAACUGAUGAACAAGUAGAAGCUACACAAACAGUUACAUUGAUGGACACGCGAGCUUUGCGCGUUAGCAAAGUUCAUUUUUCUGAUCGAAUUCGCUUUACAAAUCUACCGAUCGAUUUUACAGUACUAUUGGAGAUUUACGCUUUGAAAGUCAGUGAAAAUCGUCGCUCGGAUGAUUAUUCAUGCAGUAUGCUAAGGAACAAAGCGAAAUCGUUGUUAAGUCCAUCCAAAAAGACAUGCGGUAAUGAAUCAGUUGUGGGUUUCUCAGAAUUCAUUUGCUGUGGACAUAUUUGUUUAAACAGAGACACCAUUGGUAUGCAUAAAUUCUACCUAGAUGGGGCAGUUUAUCCAUUAGAGGGAACAAUUGAGAUCGACUCGCGUUGCACGACACUUUCUCCUACUAUUGAAAUCGAUUUCCAAGGAUUUUUGACCAUGUAUCAAAUAAUAUCUGGAUUGGGCUCAUGGGCUAGAUAUUGGGCCGUUUUACGUUGUGGUGUAGUGCAAUUUUGGAAAUAUCCAGAUGAUGAAGCUUCUGAAAAGCCAGUUCUUGCAUGCAUGGAACUUUCGCAGUGUACGAAUAAAGAAAUUAGCCAUGCACCACAUGAAAUCUGUUCACGUCCAAAUGCUUUCACCAUCGAUCUUCUAGUUCCAACAUCAGCCUCUUUGACAGAAAAGAAACGUGUAUUAUUAUCUGCGGAUACGAAAGAGCUUUGCAGUGCUUGGUUGAAUGCACUGAAUGGAACACUGCAGUUGUAUAGCGACUGGUUCAGAGAUGUUGCAUUGAUUAGCCUGAUGGCAACAAAAAUCCCCGUAACGAAAUACUUCCGGCCAUUCGUGCCACCAUUACCGCCUGGCACGAAAAUCCACAACGAUUUAUAUUGGGAUGUAUAUAUUUACCGGCCCUAUUGCCGUCUUUGGGAACGCGUCGGGGUGUACUUGUACAAUCGAGUGUUUAAUCGCUUCGAGAUUGGCGUGCAAGAUAAGGAGUAUAAUGCUCGCGUUCAUGGUCCUUAUUGUCCUUGGAGGUAUUAUGGGACUAAAAAAGAUACAAAACUGAUGGAUGUGAAAUUAUGCGAUUUGCGUUCAUGGUUUUCACGUCGUGAUAAGUCGAUUGGAGGUAUUGCAUACGCUGCUGUGAAAAGUUUUUACAGAUUCGAACACUAUUAUUUCGACCACUAUCUCAUUAAUCUGAAACUGUAUCAAAUGGGAUCACGGGUACGUGGUGCGUUCAUCAUAUUUGAAGGAUGUGAUAAGGCUGGUAAAAGUUUACAGUCUAGAAAAUUGGUGGAACGUAUCAAAGUUACAGGCGACAAUGCAAAUUUGAUUUCAUUUCCUGAUCGUUCAAGUGACUUAGGCAAAUUUAUUGAUCGUUAUUUGAAAAAGGAAGUUGAAAUGGAGCCUAAAGAAGCGCAUUUAGUAUUCGCAGCAAAUCGGCAAGCACUUAUGCCUCUAAUGAUGAAAAAAUUGCUUGAGGGAACGCAUUUGGUCGUUGACCGAUAUGUUUAUUCAGGCAUCGCCUAUACUCUUGCAAAAGGAGAUGAAAACAUAACAAUGGAGUGGGCAAAACUGGCUGAUACGGGUGAGUUAAGACCUGAUUGUGUUAUAUACUUGAAUCUUCCAUUCGAUCAAGCACAGAAAAGGAGUGGAUUUGGUGAUGAACGCUUCGAUUUUAGCAAUUUCCAGGAGAAAGUGAAUGACAUUAUGAAAAAGUUCGCUGCUGAAGACAAAGAUCUGUGGAAAGUAGUGGAUGCCUCCUUGUCUGUUGAAGAAAUUUCCGAAAAUGUCUGGGAAUUGGUGGCACCAGUUUUGGAUAAUGUGAACAAAAAGAGCCUUGCGUUUCUCUGA